ACAUUGGUGUCAAAUCAUCAUGGGAAUAUUUAAGAAUAUACGUUGUUUUUUAUUGUUACUUUUUUUACCCACAAAUAAAUCGCAAACCAAUAACUGCAAUAUUCCAAAUUUUGAUGAGAUCAGACAGGAAAGAGAAAACACUUGUGCAAAUGUCAGUUAUUCUUUUAAUAUUAUGGAUGGGUCACACUAUUCAGGUAAGUUUAAAGUGCUCUUUGAGGUAUGCGAAGAGAGCCAAAUGGCACUUCUCUGCACAUUCAUCUGGAAGAAGCAGUCAAACGAACUGACAACAGUCAACUGGAGUCCAGAAAAUGAAACCACAUGUUUUGGAAAGCAUCGGGCCAUCAGCGAUUCCAGCUUUACAUUCGAGAUACGGAUUGCUCUACUAGUCAAACGAGCGUUCAGUCUGCUGAAAAUAUCUAUUACGGACAACGAGGAGAAGUUUACUACACUGCGGUUGAUUCGGCUAGAAGUAAUGUAUCCACCAAAGGUCACGAAUCUGACAAUAGACGGGCUUGAAGUAAAUGGGAGUUAUACCAUUCAAGAGGGUCAUGAAGUAACUAUUGCCUGUUACUUUCAUCAAGGGAACCCUCCUGCCACAUUUCAUAUGGUAGUCAAAACUGGGCAGGAACUGAGAUAUACCAGAGAUUAUGGAAAUAUUACUCACUUGUUUUUCGCCAGCUGUAGAGAUGACUGGCCGGUCGUUGUGUGCAAAGGAGAGGGGUCUGAAUACAACCAAUCGGUGUUAAUACUUGUCAAAUGUCCCCCUCAAUUUGUUGACAAUGGGACAAAGACCAUCAAUCCAUCAGAACGUGACACUAUAACAUUUAGAGUAAAAGCCCACACGGCAGUAGCAGACAUGUGUGUCCUGACACCAAUGUCUUCUGAAGAUGAUAUCGUAAAAGAAGUAAACUGCACCCUCCACGGUACCCCGCCAGAUCUUGUUUUAAGCCUUCAUCUUGGGGAGAAAGCCACGUCUAUGGAAGGAAAAUGGAUCCUACUUCUUCGAAAUGAAAAAGGCUCGGCAAAGAAGACACUGAGCAUCCUUAAAGCUUACAGUAAGUGGAUUUUAACAGGGUGGAGGAAAUACCAUGUUGGUGCUUUAUUUAACUUUAUUUACUUCAAAGCAUCUUAAAAAUUUUUGGCGAUGGUAAGUGACCUUCUUUUCUUACAUUCAAUUGAGACAUGGAUUACGUCAAAAGUAAGUCUGUAAAAUUAAUAUUAUAUCCCCACCAUUAGAAAGCGCUGAAUUUAACCUACAGUUAAUUUACAAAUUAUGCGGGAUAAGCUAGGGUAAUUCAACUCUAAUUAAUUGUUAUAAAAAUGAUAAUGUUUCCAUUGUCAAUUUUGUAGCCUAUUUUGAAACCUUUGUAUUGUACUAUUCUUACCAUACCCUUUCCAUAUAUAUAUAAUAAAAUAUCUACAAAGCAUUGUAUUAAAAGGUUUCCGACCUUAACAUAUGAUAAUAGAUUAAUUACCAAUCAUAUUGGAUAUUGGAGAAUCAGAUUUAGGCCCCGUUAUUAUCUGGAGGCAUUCUGAUACAAGAACUAUGCUCUAUUCCUUGUCAUGCCAAGACCUUUCAACGUAAAGAUCAAGUAAAUAUCAAUAUUUUGUUUCUCUCUUUCACUGUGGUGACAUUUGAGCAUGUUGCGAGGACCUGUUACAACAACGACCAGUAAAUUAUUAGCAGCUGAGCGAGUAAUCUAGUUCGAUUAAGCCAGAUUCAUAAGCACGUUGUAAGAAAACGACUUCUAUGUGAUUGGGACUUGGCUAUUACUGGUUUUAUCUUUUGUGGUCAAGAUUUGCACAUCUUAACUGCUCUGUGGUACAAAUGUCGUUCAACCGAUUAUUUUAGGUCUACCAACUUAUCAGUUAGAGAACUCGAAGAAGCUUCCUGUUUCUUUUCCGCUGUUAAAGUGAAUAUUGAUGUAAACACUAUAUGAAAAUGUAUUGUGUUUCUUUCAAUAUUGUACUGAUUUAUUAAAAAAAAUAUGCCUGAACUAAAAGUGUGUAUGUUUUACGCCAAUUGCUA